UUUUUAAAAUGGGCGUCCACGUUUGAGAUUCACAUGUCAUGUCAUAUGCUGCCUUUUGUUUACGUCCGAAAACGCGCGACGUCAGCGACAGAACGCGAUAUUCAUCGAACUAUGAUUUCGAGUACCUUUUGAAGAAACAUCUCCACCGAGUUCUGAGACGCACCUGCAUUUUAGAUACACCCGACGAUAAAUUUUUAAAAGGAAACAAGUUGACAUAUCAACGUCUCCGGUGAAGUGAACUUAUUGGGAUCUCUUUGCGAAAUAUUUUAGUGCGAUAAUGGAGAAAUAUCAGCAUAUGAGAGCGUUUAUAUCGGCAGCCUUAGAAUAUACCAAGCACCCCAGCGAAAACGUAAUCUCUGCUAUACAAAGAAGUCUUGGAGUGAUUAGUGCAUCACUGGACCUGAGUAUAUUUGAUCCUGGGACUAGUGUAGCUGCGGAGUUCUACGUGAGUCUGUAUGAACUUAUGAACUCCAUAGGAUCACGAUCCACUUUAAUCUGGAGUGCUGUGGAUGUUUUGCAAAACGCUUGUCGGAAUGUACCUGCUAGACAGUCACUUAUUCAUAUAUAUAAAUUUGCACCGAUAUUAGCAAGAUUAUUGGAGGUGAAUCUGACAACUGAAAAGAGGAUACGAGUAUUGAAACUAUUACAAGAAUUAACAUACGGAAUCAAAAUCUCGUGGCAAGAGACUCAGCUUCCAUAUUUAAUUUCCACAUUAACUCAGUGGGUAGUACAAUCAAAAGAGGAAGAGAUUAUCUCUCUAUCUUUAGGUGUACUGGUAAAUCUAUGUUAUAAAAAUCUUCCGGCAGUAUACACGCUGAUGCGAACCGUCAAUACUAAAGCAUUUAUUAGAACGUUAGUGAAAUUACAAGAUCAUGUCAAUACUAGUGUACAAUGUUGCAAGUUAUUAAUUAUAUUGGAGCCAAGUAACACGAGCAUGUAUGAAAAAUAUAUCACAGAUUUUGCAUCGGUAACGUUUAUUAAUCUGGGAAAAGCGAUGAAACAAAAAGAUGUUUUAUUAUUGAGACAUAUCAUUGACUUUUUUAACGAUAUUGGACAAAACGAACAUUGGCGAAACGUUCUACUCACAUAUUCGAACUAUGGCAAAGAUAUUGAAAAUAUAUUGGCCACUUUGGAAGAGAAUACAGAUCCAGAAUGUGUCGCUCUCAUGAUGGAAUUUUUAUUAUUAUUGGUGAAGCUGAAAUUAACUGCCAUAACGCCUUUGUAUCCUGCAUGUAUAAAAUCAGCUAUGACAUGGGUACCUGUGGAACAGGUAUGUUCAAAAGCUUUAGCACUUAUACGGAGCAUAAUAAUUGAUUCCCGACGCACCAGAACCUGUGCUGAAGUUUUAACAGAGAUGGAUCCGUCUGUCCUAAUGCUUAUAACGAAUCAGGAGGACGAAGUUAACGAUCAAAGUGAAGAUCAAACCGCGGAAAUGAAGCAAGCCGAAUUGAUGCAGCUGUUUCAAGAAAUGAUUAAAACUCCUGCGCUGAAAAAGAAAAUUAUGAGCUCAUUCAACGAACAUGCAAUGCGCAAACAGUUCAAUCAUGUGCUGAAUAAUGAAUUUUCUGCCUGUGGAGAUUGGACCAGAAACUUUAUGCAGAAUGCUUCUACCAACCUUUACAUUCACGCCUUAGCCUUGACAGCAGAUUUGGCAGCGAAUCAUUCCAACUGGUUAACUCUAUAUUCCGAAUUGCUCAGUAAAAAACAAAUACAAAUGAUAAUAGCGCUAGCAUUAUUCACCGGUGAUGCAGAAGUUAAGCACAAAGCCUUGCAGUUGACAUCAUCGAUUGGAUUUCCACAAGAAUGUGUUUCCGCAGUGGCACUUUGCAUGAAAGAAUUAGAACCAUUGAUAUUGGUUCAAAAUACCAAUAACAAUAUAUUGGAGAUCUCGAGUAAAGUAUCCUUAAAUUAUAUCGGGAACGAAUUGGCGCCGUUAUUUUCCUUCGGGCAAGAAGAACGCCUCGAUACAUUUUUAACUAAACUCGAAUCAAAUCAAAUUAGUGAUAUUCCAACGUCCGCGGUCAUGGAAUUAUAUGAAUAUAAGUUAGCAACGAUGAGACAUUCUGAAAGGGCAAUGCGGUCAAGUUUAGAAGCAGCAAAUAAUCAUGCUACUAGUCUACAACACAGAUUAGCACAAGUAGUGGCUGAGUCUAGUAGAUUACAUCAGUUAUUAUUUGAUACCCAGCAAUCUUUGGAAGGAACAAAAGCGGAAAAGUGUGCAUUAACGGAAAAAUUUAUCGAGAAGGAAAAUCAAUCUCACAAAGCGCUUUCGUUAAAAAAAAAAGAGAAUGAAUCCUUGAAAAAAAUUGUAGCCGAAAAGUCGACAAAUUUAGAGAAUUUAAAUGAAAAACUGACACAGUGUACAAAAGACUUAGAAGAUAGUAAUAACAAAAUUGAUAUACUAACCAAAAAAAUCAAAGAAUUAGAUAAUGAACUUUUAAUUGCUGAAGCUAAGGCUACAGAUAUGAGCAAUAAAAAUCAUGAAUUAAGUAAACUUUUACAAAAAAUGCAAGAUUCCCUUAGCAAAAAAGAACAGAUCUUAGAGAAAAAAAGUGCAGAGAUAGAAGCAAAUCAAAGUGAUAUAUCUGCGCUUAAGCAAGAAAUUGAACAAAUGAAGCAAAUACUACAGACCUCUGAGCAAACCAUAUCAGAAAAAGAUAGAAAUAUUCAAAGAAUGAAAGGGGAAUUGAAAGAGUUAAGCCGUAUGCGGGAUAUGAUCUUCGAGCUUACUGCUAAAAACAAAGAUGAUCUCAAUUCAAAACUUUUUAUAUAUCCAGACAAGAUAUAACUGGAUUAAUAAAAUGGAGCAAAAUGGGGAGGUGAAAAAUGUCAAUCA